UCCAUCCGCGUAACGACACAUUCCUUCGGAUGAAUAUACUGUGUAUUAAAAUCGUACGUCAGCAAGUCGCCAUAUAUUCAAGCAUGUCAAUUUAUUAGCGAUAUGCGAGUAUUUCCGCAGAAGCUGGUUAAUAAACCCUGGCGUUCAUUGCACUACUUCAUCGCCACGGAUCUUGGGAAGCGAACGGAUACUUUUGUUGUCGAACGGGAAGUUGUGCGGCAGCGGUAAAAGAAAGGAAGACGGAUUUAAAACACGAAAAAUAACAAUACAGCGCCUCAGGAGAAUUACAUCGUCGCGCUGCUUGUUUUACUGUCUGCUGAAAUAAUUCGCUCGGAGGGGGAAGGAGGCCGCGGUUUGGAGAGAAAGGUGCUGUUUGUGAAGUUCUUGCACUGCAGGCCGUGUGAGCAGAAUGAAAAACCCACGUUUGUUGGAGCGAGCAGAAGCGCAGGAAUCCCUCCUCGGCCACAUUCCCCGUAAUCAGUGAUGGCAGAAACAUUUCCGCUCCUCUUCUGCUUUCCCUUUUGACGUCCGCAGUCUUUUUCGUGCGUGGGAAUUGUGUCCGCGGUGAGCUGCUGUCGGCGGAGGAUGAGCUCGGUGGAUGUCAUGCGGAGUCCCGCCGCAGCCCUGGGAGGUGGAGCAGCAGCAGCAGCAGCAGCAGCAGCAGCGCUGGACGGCUCGACGUGCUAGAGUAGAAUUCUGAAUCGCGCGCUGCGAGAAAUGCGCAGAAACCACCAGAAAAGUGCUCGCUGGUAUAUAGAGGAGUAAAUGCUGCGCGCGCGCGGAGUGCCGCCGCCAGUGACGCCGGGGAGAGGGCAUCGGGAAACUGUUCCGUGAAACGGCAGAAUUAUAACACUGACAGAGAGUGCUUAUUUAGUCAGGCCAGGGGAAAAAGAAAAAGCAACAAAACAGCGCAAAACACUUUCUUUCGUUUUCAUGUCUGUCCACGCGUCCCGUUGUCGUUCCUGCGCGCGAGAGCGCUUUUUGAUUCAUCCGUUCCGUGUCGUUACUGCAGCGGCGUCGGUGGGAUUCGACCCAAGUGGGACCCGAGUUUCCGUCAGUUAAACCGACUUAAUCACCUCACUCUUCUGGACUCAUGACUUUCUAUUUGACCACGGCCGUACAUGAGUAACUUGACUCCUUGUCCAAAGGACACGCAGCAGGGCUUGGUGUUUUGUGUUCACAGCAAAAAAAAAAAAAAAAAAACAGAAUAGGAAUCCCUUUCUAAAUAUGGAGAAAUAAGGGUCAAAAAAAUGAUCAUGUUUAUGCUGUUUGCUAGCUAGUCAUGGAUAUGACUUGUUAGAUGCAAAGGACAUCUUUUUUUUUCCUGCAUGAAAAACAGCCUUGAAGGAGGAUUAAACACAUUUUAGCACAUCAUCAUCUUCAUCAUGUCAGCCUUUGCUGAGUUUGUGCCCCCGCCGGAGUGCCCGGUCUUUGAGCCCAGCUGGGAGGAUUUUUCUGACCCUUUGGGCUUUAUAAACAAGAUCCGACCCAUCGCCGAGAAAACGGGCAUCUGCAAAAUCCGCCCUCCCGAGGACUGGCAGCCACCUUUCGCUUGUGAUGUUCGAAAUUUCCGCUUCACUCCGCGUGUCCAGAGACUGAACGAGCUGGAGGCAUUGACACGGGUCAAACUGAACUUCCUGGAUGAAAUCGCCAAGUUCUGGGAGCUGCAGGGUUCCUGGCUGCGCUUUCCGCACGUAGAGAGGAAGAUCCUGGACCUCUACCUGCUCAGCAAGAUUGUGUCCGAGGAAGGUGGCUUCGAUGUGGUGUGUAAGGAGAAGCGAUGGUCCAAGGUCGCCAGCCGGAUGGGUUUCCCCCCGGGGAAAGGGACUGGAUCACUGCUGCGCUCCCAUUUCGAGAGAAUCCUGUACCCCUAUGAGCUCUUCCAGUCGGGGGCCACACUCACGGGCAUCCACAAGUUGUACGAGGAGGGGGAGGACGGAGAGGAGGUCGAUGAGGCUGUGGAGAGGGAUGGCAGAAGGGAGGAGGAAGAGGAAGAGGUGGGCCAAGAGGUGGAUGCUGAGGCUGAGGGAGAGGACAGUCUGUGCGACAAAACACAGAGUAAGGAUCGUCCUCAGCCGGAGAGGCGGUCCCGCCGGCUCAAGUCUGCGGAGCGAGACAACAAAGAGCUUAAGUCCCUGCAAAUCUUUGGUGGCAGCCCCAAGAUGGUGGGGCUGGAGAUUGUGCCAGCUGAUGACGGUUUCAGCAGGAAGCAGCGUCAUCUCAAGGCCCAGGCUUUCGCCAUCAAGAUGCGACAGCGUAAAGAAACGCUGGAGGUCAACUUUAUUGACCUGUACAUCUGCUUGGCUUGCGGACGUGGGGAUGAAGAAGACCGCCUCCUGCUCUGUGAUGGUUGUGACGACAGCUACCACACCUUCUGCCUGGUUCCACCCCUGCAGGAUGUACCCAAGGGGGACUGGCGCUGCCCUAAGUGUGUGGCAGAGGAGUGCAGUAAGCCGAGGGAGGCAUUUGGAUUCGAGCAGGCAGUGCGGGAGUACACACUGCAGAGCUUUGGAGAAAUGGCUGACCAUUUCAAAUCUGACUACUUCAACAUGCCUGUCCAUAUGGUUCCCACAGAGCUGGUGGAGAAGGAGUUCUGGAGGCUGGUGAGCAGCAUUGAGGAGGACGUGAUUGUGGAGUAUGGGGCUGACAUUAGCUCUAAAGAUGUAGGCAGCGGCUUCCCUGUGAGAGACGGGAAACGGAAGCUUCUACCAGAUGAGGAGGAGUACGCCAACUCAGGCUGGAACCUCAACAACAUGCCUGUGCUGGAGCAGUCAGUACUGACCCACAUCAAUGUGGACAUCUCGGGCAUGAAGGUGCCCUGGCUGUACGUGGGCAUGUGCUUCUCCUCUUUCUGUUGGCACAUUGAGGAUCACUGGAGCUACUCCAUCAACUUCCUCCAUUGGGGCGAACCAAAAACAUGGUACGGGGUUCCAGCUCAUGCUGCUGAGAAACUGGAGGAUGUCAUGAAGAAACUGGCCCCUGAGCUUUUUGACUCUCAGCCUGACUUGUUGCACCAGUUGGUCACCAUCAUGAAUCCUAAUGUGCUGAUGGAGCAUGGUGUUCCGGUAUACCGGACCAAUCAGUGUGCAGGGGAGUUUGUGGUGACCUUUCCAAGGGCCUAUCACAGCGGCUUCAACCAGGGUUAUAACUUUGCUGAGGCUGUAAAUUUCUGCACUGCAGACUGGUUGCCUAUUGGUCGUCAGUGUGUGGCUCACUACCGUCGGCUGCAGCGCUACUGCGUCUUUUCCCACGAGGAGCUACUGUGCAAGAUGGCAGCAGAUCCUGAGAGUCUGGAUGUGGAGCUGGCGGCUGCCGUGUUUCGGGAGAUGGGCGAGAUGGUGGAAGAGGAAAGCCGGCUGCGCCAGGCAGUCCAGCAGAUGGGCAUUCUGUCCUUGGAGCAGGAGGUAUUUGAGCUGGUGCCAGAUGAUGAACGACAAUGCCACCAGUGUAAGACCACGUGCUUCUUGUCAGCGCUCACAUGCCCGUGCAACCCCGAGCGGCUUGUCUGCCUGCACCAUGUGUCUGAGCUGUGCGACUGCCCUGUGACCAACAAGUGCCUCAGGUACAGAUAUGCUAUGGAUGAGUUCCCUGCCAUGUUGCAUGGGGUCAAGUUGAGGGCACAGUCCUAUGACACCUGGGCCAAGAGGGUCACUGAGGCAUUGUCUGCAGAUCAUAAGAACAAGAAAGACCUGAUAGAACUGAAGGUGCUGCUGGAGGAUGCGGAAGACAGGAAAUAUCCAGAAAACAACCUGUUCCGCCACCUCAGGGAGAUGGUGAAGGAGGCAGAAACAUGCUCCUCUGUGGCUCAGCUGCUGCUCAGCCACAAGCAGAAGCACAGGCAGCGCCCAGAGAGCAGCCGGGCCCGCAGCAAGCUCACACUGGAGGAGCUGAAGGCCUUUGUGGAUCAACUCUUCCGCCUGCCUUGCAUUAUCAGCCAGGCACAGCAAGCCAAAGAGCUACUAGAAAAUGUGGAGGACUUCCAUGAGCGGGCUCAGGCAGCUUUGGCGGAUGUCACCCCCGACUCAUCUAAGCUGCAGGCACUGCUGGACCUGGGCGCAGGCCUGGACGUGGAGUUGCCCGAGCUACCGCGUCUCAAGCAAGAGCUGCAGCAGGCACGCUGGUUGGACGAGGUACGGGUGGCACUGGGUGAGCCGCAACGCGUCACUCUGGAGCUCAUGAAGAGGCUGAUUGACUCAGGCGUAGGCCUGGCUCCCCACCAUGCUGUGGAGAAGGCCAUGGCUGAGCUGCAGGAGGUCCUCACGGUGUCUGAGCGUUGGGAGGACAAGGCCCGUACCUGCCUUCAGGCCAGACCCCGGCACAGCAUGACCACCUUGGAGAGCAUUGUGAUGGAGGCAAGGAACAUCCCUGCAUACCUGCCCAAUGUACUGGCACUAAGGGAUGCCUUGCAGAAAGCCAAGGAGUGGACAGCCAAGGUGGAGGCCAUCCAGAAUGGCAGUACCUACGCCUACUUGGAGCAGCUUGAGAGUCUGCUGGCCCGAGGGCGAUCUAUCCCUGUGCGUCUGGACCCCCUGCCCCAGGUUGAGUCCCAAGUGGCUUCUGCUCGUGCCUGGCGGGAGAGGACAGCUCGCACCUUCCUCAAAAAGAACUCCACCUAUACCUUGCUACAGGUUCUGAGUCCCCGCGUGGACAUUGGCGUAUAUGGCAACAGCAAGAGCAAGCGAAAGCGAGUGAAGGAGUUGUUGGAAAAAGACCGUGGUCUGGAGCUGGAAGGGCUGAGUGACCUGGAAGAGAGCCUGGAGGAGGCUCGUGACCCAGCAGCAGUGGUGGCAGCCUUCAAGAUCAAGGAGCAAAAAGAGAUUGAGGCCAUCCACUCAUUGCGAGCAGCCAACUUGGCCAAGAUGGCUAUGGCAGAUCGAAUCGAGGAGGUCAAGUUCUGCCUGUGUCGCAAGACGGCCAGUGGUUUUAUGCUUCAGUGCGAGUUGUGCAAAGACUGGUUUCAUGGCGCCUGUGUGCCGCUGCCUAAGAUGGGCUCCCAAAAGAAGGGCCUUGGCUGGCAAAGCAAGGAAGCCAAGUUCCUUUGUCCGCUGUGCCAGCGUUCACGCCGGCCACGCCUCGAGACCAUCCUGUCGCUGCUGGUGUCUCUGCAGAAGCUGCCAGUGAGGUUACCGGAGGGCGAGGCAUUGCAGUGCCUCACAGAGAGGGCCAUGAGUUGGCAGGAUCGCGCACGUCAGGCGCUGGCCACCGAUGAGCUGUCGUCUGCCCUGGCCAAGCUGUCGGUGCUGAGCCAGCGCAUGGUAGAGCAGGCAGCUCGUGAGAAAACGGAGAAGAUCAUCAAUGCUGAGCUGCAGAAGGCAGCUGCCAACCCUGACCUACAGGGCCACAUUCAGACCUUCCAGCAGGCUGGGUUUAGCAGGUCCACCUCGCCCCGGCAGUCUGUGGAGUACGAUGACGAGGAGACUGACUCUGAUGAGGAUAUCCGGGAGACAUAUGGCUAUGACAUGAAGGACUCUGGUAGCAUGAAGCCAUACCUUUUUUGCGAUGAAGAAAUCCCGGUUAAAUCAGAAGAAGUUGUCAGUCACAUGUGGCCUGCCACACCCUCGUUUUGUGCAGAGCAUGCCUAUUCUUCUGCUUCAAAGACCUGCACUCAAAACUCAACCACUCCCCGGAAGCAGCCGCGAAAGACACCCCUCGUGCCCCGCAGCCUGGAGCCACCAGUGCUGGAGCUGUCCCCUGCGGCCAAGGCCCAGCUGGAGGAGCUAAUGAUGGUGGGCGACCUGCUGGAAGUGUCCCUGGAUGAAACCCAGCACAUCUGGAGAAUCCUGCAGGCGACCCACCCCCCCUCAGAGGAGCGCUUCCUGCAGGUCAUGGAGCCUGAGGAGGCAAUCAUGGAGAAACCAGUGAAGCUGAAACCUAGGGAUCCUGAGAAGAAGCGCAAGCGGAAGUUGGAGAAGGCAGAGCAGCAUCUGCUGCUAGCAACGGGUGAGUCGCGGCCUAAGUCCAAGGAGCUGAAAAAGGCUGAUGGCAAACCCAAGAGGAAGAAGCUGAAGCUCAGCCCAGAUAAGUCAAAAGAGCUGAAGCAGCUGGCCAAGCGAUUGGCCAAGGAGGAGAAGGAGAGAAAGCGCAAGGAGAGGGCGGCUGUCAAAGCGGAGGCUGCCAAGGAAGUGCUGGAGAAGAAGAGGGAGAAGAAAGUGCUGGACAUCCCCUCCAAGUAUGACUGGUCAGGCGCUGAGGACUCCAAUGAUGAGAAUGCGGUGUGCGCAGCCAAGAACUGCCAGCGGCCAUGCAAGGACAAGGUGGACUGGGUGCAAUGCGACGGGGGAUGCGACGAGUGGUUCCACCAGGUGUGUGUGGGUGUGUCCUGCGAGAUGGCAGAGAACGAGGACUACAUUUGUUCAGCCUGCUCACGCAAAGCGGCCCUGGGUGGAGGUGGAGCCCCAACUGGAAAAGCAGGAGCUGAGGGAUCUGGGCAAGCUCCACCCCCUCUCACCCUCCAUGGACUGUCAGCUACUUCCCAGCUUCAUCUGCAAGACAGCAGUUAACGGCAGAGAUGCCAGAAGUAAAAGCCAGCCCCAAACAGUCACACCGCUUCGUGCCUAGUGCUUCUCUCUGGGUUUGAACACAAGUCUGGAUCUUCUGGUUGUGGAGCUUGGAGGUGGACCAGCCAAUGAAUGCAGAGGACUUUGACCAGUGAAAGCAUAGCCAGACGGUGAACACGUGUCUUCCCCCACGGUGGGUUUCUGUGUUGACAUUUUCAUUUCAGACUGAGUGUGGUGGUUGGCCCCAUUUCUCCUUUGCCUCUAUAGGCAAACAGACAUCCCUAUCUUGAUGGCAGUGGAAUCCUCAAGGCUGCUGAAGUGGCACCACUAUCUGUUGGACUGCUUGCCUGAAACUCCACUUCAGGACAAGAAUGCUCUCAGCCGCUGUUACAGAAUGGACCAAGAAAACCCUUGACUCUUGAGUUAAUCCACUCUUUGAAUUCCAAGGAACGUGCUGCCAGCCCCACUGUCAUCCCAUGAAAACCAGUGGAAUGCUUUUUACAUGCCCCUUAGUCCAACUCCACCAUGAGUCAGUAUGUAGGACUAGGAGAGUGGUUGUAUGUAGUGAACAUAUUUAUAAUGUAAAUAGGUUUUAGGCAGAGAAAUACCUGAAUGUGUCUCUUUUUGUUUAUCACCUUUAAUAAACUGUUCCUA